AUGGAUGGCAUUUUGGUGCCCGAAAGGUCCGUCAAGCUCCUUCAGUUUGGUAUACUCAGUCCCGAUGAAAUUAAACAGAUGUCAGUCGCCCCUGAUGGGGGUAUUAAAUAUGCAGAGACCAUGGAUGGUGGAAAGCCCAAGCUUGGGGGCCUCAUGGACCCUCGUCAAGGAUGUGUCAGUCGUUCUAGCAUUUGUCAAACAUGCAGUGGAAAUACCUCAACAUGUCCUGGGCACUUUGCUCAUGUUGAGCUUGCAAAGCCCGUGUUCCAUAUCGGUUUUUUGAAAAAAAUCCUUAAGAUUCUUCGUUGUGUCUGCUUUUACUGUUCCAAGCUGCUUGUUGACACGCAAAUGCCACGAGUUGCUGAAAUCUUGCGGAAGACGAAAAACGACCCCCGUCGUCGUCUUGCAUUUAUGUAUGAAGAAUGUAAGUCCCGCAACGCAUGUCUUUCACCAGAAGAGCUUAUAAACACUGAACAGGAAAUUAGCCUUGAGAACAAGACCACCAGAACUGGCUGUGGGCGUUAUCAACCGCACUUUCGCCGAAUUGGCUUAGAAAUGACUGCCGAAUGGAAAAACGUAAAUGAAGUCUCUCAAGAAAAAAAGAUAAAUCUCACAGCCGAACGCGUUUUGGAAGUAUUUAAACGAAUUUCUGAUGAAGAUUGCGUGGCUCUUGGACUAAAUCCACAGUAUGCGCGACCAGAUUGGAUGAUUUGCACCGUUCUACCUGUUCCUCCUCUUGCGGUUCGACCUGCUGUUGUGAUGUAUGGGGCUGCGAGAAACCAGGACGAUUUAACUCAUAAGCUUGCUGAUAUAAUUAAAGCAAAUAAUCAGCUUCGUCGGGAUGAGCAAAAUGGGGCAGCGGCUCAUAUUUUGUCCGAAGAUGUCAGAAUGCUCCAAUACCACGUAGCCACCCUGAUUGAUAAUGAUAUCCCUGGUCUACCCAAAGCUAUUCAGAAGUCUGGAAGGCCAUUAAAGUCUAUUAAACAACGUUUGAAAGGCAAGGCUGGUCGUAUUCGUGGCAAUUUGAUGGGCAAGCGAGUUGAUUUUUCUGCACGAACCGUCAUCACCGCUGAUCCUAAUUUAUGUCUCGAUCAAGUUGGCGUACCUCGGACGAUCGCCCAAAAUCUGACUUACCCAGAACGUGUCACACAAUCCAACAUUGACUUUCUACAAAAAUUGGUUCAAAACGGGACGAUGUAUCCCGGUGCAAAGUUUAUUGUUCGGGAAAAUGGUGACAGAAUCGAUCUUCGUUACCACCCAAAGGUUGCCGAUUUAACUCUUCAGGUCGGCUACAUUGUUGAACGACACAUGCUUAACGAUGACUUCGUUGUCUUCAAUCGUCAGCCAACUUUGCACAAAAUGUCUAUGAUGUGUCAUCGUGUGCGCGUUUUACCCUGGUCCACAUUUCGUCUUAAUUUAUCUGUCACAUCGCCCUAUAAUGCUGAUUUUGACGGGGACGAAAUGAAUCUUCAUUUACCACAGUCUGUUGAGACAAAGGCUGAAAUAAGCCAACUCGCUAGAGUGUCCCGCCUUGUCAUAACUCCUCAGGCUAACAAACCCGUCAUGAGCAUCGUCCAGGAUACUCUCACUGCUGCCUACAAAAUGACUCAGCGUGACGUAUUUAUAAAUCGAGCCGACAUGAUGAACCUCCUUAUGUACCUUCCAACUUGGAACGGCCGAAUGCCAAAGCCGGCAAUCUACAAACCUCAGCGAUUGUGGACUGGGAAGCAGCUCUUUAGUUUGAUUAUACCACGUCGGAUUAAUUGCAUUCGGACGCACAGCACCCAUCCUGAAGACGAGGAUGAUGGGCCUUAUCGUUGGAUUUCUCCUGGAGACACAAAAGUUCUGAUUGAUGAUGGCGACUUGGUAGCUGGAAUUCUUUGCAAAAAGACACUUGGUUCAGCCUCUGGUUCCUUGAUUCACUUAGUUGCUUUGGAACACAAUUUUGAGGACGUCGGGAUGUUCUUUAACAAUAUUCAGACAGUCAUUAAUAACUGGCUGUUGAUUGAAGGCCACACAAUUGGCAUCGCAGAUACCCUCUACGACCAAGCGACGCGCAAACAGAUUGGUGAAACGAUCACUAAAGCUAAAGAUGCUGUGUUUGACAUUAUUGACCAGGCUCAUAACUACGACUUCCAACCUCUGCCCGGAAACACCUUGCGCCAAACGUUUGAAAACCACGUAAACAAAAUUCUUAAUGAAGCCCGUGAGAAGACUGGCAGUUGUGCGCAAAAAUCUCUCUCCAAGUACAAUAAUUUUAACAUUAUGGUCGUUGCUGGCUCGAAGGGCUCCCGUAUUAACAUUUCCCAAGUUAUUGCCUGUGUCGGUCAGCAGAACGUCGAAGGCAAACGCAUCCCGUUCGGGUUCCGUCAUCGUACUCUUCCUCACUUUAUUCAAGAUGACUACGGUCCCGAGUCAAGAGGCUUCGUCGAGAACUCCUAUCUAGCCGGGUUGACGCCCACUGAGUUCUUUUUCCAUGCGAUGGGUGGCCGCGAAGGUCUCAUCGAUACGGCUGUGAAAACUGCCGAAACUGGUUAUAUUCAGCGUCGACUAAUCAAAGCCAUGGAGUCGGUGAUGGUUAAAUACGACGGUACAGUGCGAAAUCAAAUAAACCAACUUAUCCAGUUGCGUUACGGAGAGGAUGGCCUAGACGCCUCACAUGUUGAAUUCCAAAGGCUGCCAACUUUCAAACCGUCUGAUGAGGCGUUUGAACACAACUUCCGUUUUGAUUUAAGCAACGAGCGUGUACUCCGACGCUGUAUGCCCGAGGACCAGGUAAGACUGCUUGCAACUGACCCAGAAACUCAGGCCGAACUGGAUGCUGAGUGGGCCGAGUUGUGCAACGACCGAAAGGUGCUUCGUUCCAUCAUAACCAAACCCGAGGAUCGCGUUGUUUUACCCUGCAACAUUAGUCGCCUCAUUUGGAAUGCUCAGAAGUUGUUUGAGAUUGAUCCCCUCUCGAAGACUAACCUUCAUCCGCGACAAGUUGUUGAACAAGUUCGGGAUACUUGUAAACGUCUAGUGGUUGUUCCUGGCGAAGAUGCACUCAGCAAAGAGGCUAAUUCUAACGCCGUGCUGCUAAUGUCCUGCCUAAUUCGGUCGAUGCUCUGCACCAAGAAAGUUAUUCAAGAGCAUCGCCUAACUUAUGAUGCACUGGAUUGGGUUCUUGGUGAAAUUCGUAACCGCUUCCAGCAGGCGCAAAUUCAUCCGGGCGAGAUGGUUGGUGCUUUGGCCGCACAGUCUCUUGGAGAACCAGCUACGCAGAUGACGCUAAACACUUUCCAUUAUGCAGGUGUCUCCGCCAAAAACGUCACCCUCGGUGUACCCAGACUAAAGGAAAUUAUUAAUGUCAGUAAGCGUCCCAAAACUCCAUCAAUGACUAUUUACCUGACAGGGCAAGCAGCUAGAGAUGCAGAACACGCUAAAGAUGUAGUAGCUCGUUUGGAGCACACGACACUCCGUAAACUCGUAAACAGUACGUCAAUCUACUACGACCCAGAUCCUAAGAAUAGUGUUGUCAAGGAGGAUCGAGAGUGGGUUUCUACCUAUUAUGAAUUGCCUGAUUUUAAUGUGGACGCUAUAAGCUCGUGGAUGUUGCGCAUUGAAUUCGCUCGAAAACAAAUGACGGGCAAGAAGCUAACCCUGGAGCAGAUUGCAGACAAAAUCAUAAAGGCGUUCGGCAGUGACCUCAUCUGUCACAUACCCGACGAUAACUUGAAAUUGGCCAUGCGAAUCCGGAUUAUGAACAGCGAUCUGGAGCAAAAUAUGAAGGAAGCUGAUUCAACUACCGACAAAAUGGAGGAUGAUACCUUCUUGCGCUUCAUCGAGGCGAACCUACUCACUGAUAUCACCUUACAGGGCAUUCCCCAAAUAGCCAAAGUGUAUAUGCAUCGACCCAAGACUACUGACAAGCAGCGUGUCGUUAUUCGGAAAGAUGGCAGUUUUAAUUGUGUUGCUGAGUGGAUUCUCGAGACAGAUGGUACAUGCUUAAUGAAGGUGCUUGCUGAGCGUGAUGUGGACUCGGCUCGAACAGUGAGCAACGACAUUGUUGAGAUUUUUGAGGCCCUCGGCAUCGAGGCAGUACGCAAAGCCAUCGAAGCGGAAAUGCACGAUGUUAUAUCAUUCGAUGGUUCUUACGUGAACUAUCGUCAUCUGGCGCUUCUUUGCGAUGUUAUGACUGUUAAAGGUCACCUAAUGGCCAUAACCCGCCACGGAAUAAACCGUCUCGACACCGGCGCCUUGGCGCGUUGCAGCUUUGAGGAAACUGUUGAUAUUUUGAUGGAGGCAGCCAGUCACGCAGAAUGUGAUCCGAUGCAGGGUGUUUCUGAGAACGUGAUGCUAGGUCAGCUCGCGAAAAUCGGCACCGGCUCGUUUGAUCUCCUCCUUAAUUCGGCCAAAUGUCAAGAAGCGCAGCCCAUUCCCAUCGCAGGAGCUAUGGGGCUUUUCAAUGGUGGGAUAUUUGACGUCUCUGCGGGGGCCUGGGCAAGCCCCCGUUUUGGUUUAGCCUCAGGUGGCGAUGCUCUUUCAGGUUUGGUGAGUGGGCCUGGUGGUAGUACUCCGUGGGAUAACGCUGCGUCCCCAGCAGGCUCUCUUAUUGAGGCUUCGCCCUACGUUGGUCGUCUGGGCGGCUUAACUGCCCCUCACGAGGCAAUGUUUUCCCCACAAGCCUACAGACAUGACCUCCUGUACUCACCGGGUCGCAGCCCUCAACUUGAUAGUCCGCGAACGCCAGACAUCUCCUUCUCUCCUGGUGUGAUGUCAGGAUUCGCCAGCCCUAUGUCUUUCGCCGGGACACCACAGACUGAAAUAGGCUCACCUGGUUCUAGUCCAGGCCACUCCGGAAGCGCGAGUGGCAGCUCUUUCGGCUACGCAAGUCGUAUAAGCCUCGGCGCAGAUGCCAGUUACUCGCCUCUGUCAAAACCCACUUACGGUGGCACCGGUAGUUCAUCUAGUCUCAGUCUUGGAGCCGAUAGCAGUUCUCCAAGUUACUCCGGCCAACAGUCAUACUCUCCCGCGUCUGUAGGAUAUCAACCUCGUUCUCCACAGCGAAACAUUUCAGGAUUUGGUUUCGGCUCCACCUCUCCAUCGGGCUCAUCGCCAAAUAGUCUGGAUUCAUACAGCCCUGGCAGUCCAGCGAUGCCUGGUGCAGGAAUGAGUUCCUCCGGACGAGCAGCUUCGAGUUGGAUUACCGGUGGCUCAGAUACACCUAGCGGUUUCUCGCCUAGCAUCGAUUCAGGUUCUUCCCUUGGCAACACGAUGUCCAAUUUUAACUCUUACAGUCACCCGAGUCCACCGCAAAUGUACUACGCGUCGCCAUCGGCCCCUCGGUACAGCCCACAGCCAUCAUUCGGCGGUUCCUCAAUGCUCUCUUAUUCACCACAUUUGGGAGCCCCAAGCUCUCCCGCAGGUGUCCCCUCAGGGCUUAGUGGACACAGUCAUUCUCCGCUCUCCUAUCCAGCCACUCCCAACUACCCGCUGUCAUCACACGGAGGUGCGACAGGUACUGGAGCCGGAUCAAGCAUUAGUGGCCUUGGGUUAACUGGAACUAGCUACGGCACCUCUUACUGUCCAUCAGCAACGUUUAGUCCUUCCAGUUCGUUUCAAAGCUCCACUUCACAUUACUUAAUGACAUCAAGGCGACCGACCUCCCCUUCGCCCAGCAGCCCUAGUGGGUAUUCACCAGCACCUUCCUCCGAACACCGAUGA